AAUUUGCAUCAUCAGACUUUGCAACUAUGUGAAAAUCUGGAAUCUGAGGGUUCAAUGAAAUCUAAAUAUAGAGAAAAUCGCCUAAAUAUAUGCAAAUGAAGUCCUUAAUAAUGCACAUUACGAAUCAAAAAUUAAGUAUUGAUAUAUUUACGGUAGGAAGUUUACAAAAUGUCUUCAAAGAGCAUGAUCUUUACUUCAUCCUAAUAAUUUUUGUCUAUUUAUCUAUGGCUCCCCCUCGUGGACGCAGCGCCUCAAAAGUUAUAUAUCGCAAUGACGCUUUAUUUGAAUGGCUCUCCACCAUAGCCACUUUCUGUCUUUAUAAGCUUACUUGUGUUUCUUUAAUCAGAGGCAGAACCCGCUUGUGAUGAGGCAGUCUAUGCAGUAGAAGCAGCAUCAGUGUGUUGUCGGAGGGUCUGUGGGGUUUCUGCUGAUGCGAGCGCACUGCAGCUCAACACACACGUGUUUACUGUAUACUAAACCAUGGGCUGCUGACACACACCUGCACGGUCCUGCGUGCUCACAAACACCGUCCGCAUUCACAUCCAGGACUGAAGCGAUGCCACGAGCCUCUGGAUAAUGUCAGCUCUGAAAAAGGUGCUACCAUGGAUCCUGCAGACACAUUGCUGCCUUUUCCUUGACAAGAGUCCAGACCAGCAGUGUUCCCCCUGGUCGCCAUCCCGAGAUUUCAAUGAGGAUAGUAGCCUCGCUCCACCCAGGAACAUGAAGGGCUUAUCAGGUGGUCGCGCACCGCACCAGAUUCCCACACUGCCCCCGUGUGGACUGGCAGAGUGCGAGCAUCUCCAUGACCUGCAUGGCAUGCACGUGUCUGAUCUGCGCCACUCCUACCUGCUCAGCCCCACGGAGACCUGCGCCAUGGACUACCAUCACCGUCUUUCCCCCCGCAGCUCCAUUCACUCCGACUGCAUGAUCAUGUCACCCGUGGCGCUAACCUCCACUGCCCCCGCCGACCACAUCUCCAGCAGCACCUUUCCCAGAAUGCACUACAGUUCGCAGUACUACGACACAGCUGCCCGGGAAGACUGUGCAGCCAUCACCACCUCAGCCACAUCCGCCGCCAUCGCUGCUGCAACAUCUGCCUCUCACCACGUCAGCAGCAAGAGCAACCGCAUCCCCGCAAACCUGCUCGACCAGUUCGAAAAACAGCUUCCACUUCAUCGUGAUGGCUUCCACACACUCCAGUACCAACGCACAUCUCCUGCCAGUGGUGGGGAGCAGCGCAGUGAGAGCCCGGGUCGCAUCCGACACCUGGUGCACUCCGUCCAGAAGCUCUUCACCAAGUCCCACUCACUGGAGGGAUCGUCCAAGAUGAAUGGCACCAAAGGUGACAGUGGAGGUGGGGGAAGCCAUCACCACCACCAUGGCAAUCAUCACUCAUCCAAGCAUGGCAGCAAGCGCAGUAAAAGCAAAGAGCGCAGGCACCGGUCAGGGACGGGGGGCUGGUGGAGCUCGGAUGACAACCUAGACAGCGAUAGCACCUACCGCACGGCCAGCGCCUUGAGCCGCCACCAUUAUGAGCAUGUUGGCCACAGUUUCCCAGAAUCCAUGCACACUCACUUUGGAGACCACUCUCUCAAAACCUCCAAAAGCAACAAUGACGUCAAGUGUUCGGCCUGCGAGGGCUUGUCCAUGGCACCUGAGGGGAAGUUUAUGAAGAGGAGUUCCUGGUCAACGCUCACCGUAAGCCAGGCCAAAGAGGCCUACCGAAAGUCCUCCCUAAACCUAGAGAAGCCCAUGAUGCAUCAGGACCUUAAACCAUCAUUCCGGGCCUCACACUACCUACAGGUGCCUCAGGAUGAGUGGGGGGGUUAUCCAGGGAUUGAGAAGGACGAGGAGAUCCCGUGUCGCCGGAUGCGUAGCAGUAGUUACGUCAAAGCCAUGGGAGACGAUGAUAGUGGUGAGUCUGAUACCAGCCCCAAGACGUCGCCUCAGAAGACCGUGCGGUCCGAUGCCCUUGUCCUUAAAUCAGCCAUGCAGAGGCCACAUAUAGACACCCAAAGCUCUGGCUACCACUUGCAAACAACGAGAGAUAUGCGCCCUCACCCCAGCGUGUCUCUGGACCCAGCAACCACCUUCAACCCUCCACAGUUUCGCUCCAGAAACCAGAGCUACAUGCGUGCAGUCAGUACCUUCAGUCAGGCAAGCUGUGUCAGCCAGGUGAGUGAGACUGAGGUCAAUGGCCAGUUUGAGUCAGUUUGCGAGUCCGUUUUUAGCGAAGUAGAAUCCCAGGCCGUGGAGGCCUUGGACCUGCCCGGCUCUUUCCGCACUCGAAGCCACAGUUACCUGCGUGCAAUUCAGGCUGGGUAUUCCCAAGAUGAUGACUGCUUGCCUUCAAUGACAUCUUCUACUGUCACUUCAACUCUCAGAUCCACAACAGGGGCCCGUAGCUUAGCUGGGGGGCGUAGAAUGUACGGGAUCCAGUUCCGUCUCCCUACUGCCUGUAGUGUGGAUCGAACAGAAACCCCAAAUCCAGCGGUAGUGACAUAUACGCCUGGCUACAAGAAGACCCCUCCACCUGUUCCUCCUCGUUCCACCACUAAGCCAGUGAUUUCUGUAACAGCCCAGAGCAGCACCGAGUCGACGCAGGAUGCUUACCAUGAGGGUCGGCCCUCACGGGGAGGGCUUUGGGCCACAGAUAGCCUCGGCCGGGUCAUCUACACCUCCACCGACAGCCUGGAUAGCGCAAAAGCGGUGACCCUAGCAAUGGAAACCGCACCCAAGCGUCUCACUUCUGCGGGGAGCUACAGCUCCGUUCAGACCUGCGAUAAGGCCAUCCUGGUGUCCAAAGCAGAGGAAUACCUCAAGACUCCGCGCUCUUCCAUCGGGAUACAGGUGGAAGCGGCCACAGAUUCUGAGACAGAUAGUAAAGGUCUCCCACAGUAUCACUCCGUGGGUAUCCAGGUGGAGGACGAGAAGAGAAUCGGCCGCUUUAAACGGUCCAACAGUGUGACGACGGCAGUUCAGGCCGAUUUGGAGCUGGAGGGGUUUCCUUCGACCGAAGACAAGAGUCUGCAGUUUGGAGGAUUUCAGCGGCAUUCUGAACCUAGUACACCCACACAGUACAACGCGGUCCGGACCGUACGAACACAGGGCCUUUUUAGCUACCGUGAGGACUACCGACCCUCCAGCGGGCCGCCCAGUCCGCAGCCCGAGCCCUGGCUGGUGGAGCCCGCCCAUGAAGCAGCCGAGUCCGGCCGUGUGUCGCCACUCCACCGCGACGGCAGCUGGUUCAUGCAGCUUCUGCACAGUGAGACCAAACGGUUGGAGGGAUGGUGCAAAGACAUGGAGCGUGAGGCGGAGGAGCACGACCUGUCCGAGGAGAUUCUUGGGAAGAUCCGGAGUGCUGUGGGCAGUGCUCACCUCCUCAUGUCCCAGAAAUUCCAGCAGUUUUACUGGUUGUGUCAGCAAAAUCUGGACCCCAGCGCUAUGCCCCGCCCCACGGCUCAGGACCUGGCCGGGUUCUGGGACCUCCUGCAGCUCUCCAUCGAUGAUGUCACUGCCAAGUUUGAUGAGCUGCAGCAAAUCAAGAGAAAUGAGUGGAGGAUAGUGGAGAGUCCAGAGAAGAAGGAAAGAAAAUGGCCCCCUCCUGUUACAAAGAGGCCUCCUAAGGGUCGUGGAGCUGUCAUGCGUGAUCGAUCCCUGGAUCUGCAGGACCGACAGAGGCAAGAGGCCCGCCGCAGACUCCUGGCUGCAAAACGGGCUGCUUCGUUCCGUCAGAGCUCAGUUACAGAGCGGGCAGACAGCAUAGAGAUCUACAUCCCUGAAGCCCAAACCCGUUUAUGAAACACGUAUAUACUAUGCCUCACCAGUGCGCUUCACCAACAGGGUACACCCAUUCUGCUCCAUGUCACCGCUGCACUCGUUCACAUUCUCACAUCUGUUACAAGUAUUCUUCCUCUGCUCAUCAUCUACUCUGAGCUGAGAAUAGUGGUGAGUUUAUAUAUGCCUCAAACAGAGCUCAAUGCAAAGAAGUCUUGGCAGUCUAUGCACUCCGAGACCUGCAGCUACUGCAACCCAGUUUGUAUACCGGUUUUAGGACAUUCAGAGGCCAAAACUAAGGCUUUGUUCACACUGCACAUAAAUCUGAUUUGGUUUUCACAUCCCAGUUUUAGUACACAGUUUCGGAGACAGUUGCAAUAGUAGUGAUUAUGAGCAUCAGCAUGAUGCAAAGAGGACAGUUAUCAUGACAUCUUGCCACGGUGCUGAACUCAUGAGAUGCGUGAGAGCGAUUAGCUCAUAUUAGCAAUUUUUAUUAACAUUCAUGCAUAUGCUGUGUCCAAAAUCACUUACUCACUAUUAAUGACAUGGAGCCAUAGGGAUAUGCUGAUGGCAAUUAUAUUUCAAUGCUUUUAUGUUCUCUCGCCAAAACUUCGCUUGCAAACGUUACACUCCCGACUUUGCAUUUUAUCACAACACUGUUGUGUUUUCUCUUUUUUUUUUCAUACGGUCAGAACAUUUGCAUUUCCCCUAAGGAGCUUUGCAUUUUCUAACAAAACAUUUUGUUCCCUUAGAGAACUUUUCUGUUCCCCUGAGAAACUUUGCGCUCUCUCAAAAAACAUUUACGUUUUUCUAAAAAGCAUUUUUUGUGCAAAAUGUUUGUGCUUCUCACUAAACUUUUGCUUUCCCUUAAAGGGUUAGUUCAUC